AUGUUUUAUUCCAGCGAGCUCCUGUGCGCGAAGGGGGCGCUCGGACAGAUUUGGAAGGCGGACAGAAUGACGCGAAAUAAGACGAAUACGUUAUCUGUGACGAGUUCGUGCGCGACGAUCAUGAAUCCGCCGUCACCACUGGCUUUGAGAUUGGCGGCGUUAUUGAUGCGCGGUGUCGUAGCUUUGUAUUCGAGGAAGGUUCGAUUUUUGUACGAGGACUGCGUCAAAGCCCUGUCUAGACUCAACGCACUCACGGCGCCAGUUCGGGCGGAUCGGAACUUAUUGGAGAAGCCGGAGGGCGGACGGGAUGCGCGCGUGACGAAUACGGUGGCAUACGAUGGAGAAAUCCUGGCGCGACCGGAUUUCGAACGCGUUCAUGUCUCUCAGGCGUUCGAUUCCCAGGCGUUUCACACGGCGGCGAGCGAACAGUUAGAGAGCGUGUUCGACGAAGCGUACGAUCGAUACACGGUUAGACAGGAUGAUCAAAUAAAUUUGCUCGACUUUCAAAUGCCCAUGGACGAAGAGCAGGCUCGCAUAGAGGAACAAUAUGAAUAUGAAUGUGCGAUGGAUAACGACAGAGACCGAUACGGGGGUGGCCGAGGCGACUUGAACGAUGACUAUGCGGACUUUCGUGUAGCUCGCAUGGAUGACAUGAUAGAUGAACAAAUGCCACUCGUCGCUGAAGAUGAGGAACCGAUUGAACACGAACCAAUCGGUACUCAGCUUAAGCGAAUGCGCGAGCAACUAGCUAUGGCUGAUAAAAUGAUGAUACUUCCGCAGCCGAAGAAGAAGAGACAACGAACCGUUGCCAUGGCGCGCUCUUGUGUUUUCGUUUUCGACCAUGAUACUCGUAUUGGUUCCGAUGUUUUCCGCCACUGGUUGGCAAGCACGAGUGACAUCGUGCACGAUCGACCGGACAUCGACGUCGUGGAAAACGUUUUACGAUGCAAAGACACCGAGCGCGAUUUCUAUUUUCACUCCGAGGGAUUCAAGGUGAACCCGGCUAUAUGCGCGCGAUCGGCGCUUCAGCUAUUCGUCGUUGAUCCCGCGGCGCGUUUCGCCUUUGAGCAGUUUGCCGAUGAGCCAGAAAUCCCAGUUCCCUAUCAAAGCGACGAUGAGUACAACGCAAACUAUUACGAUACGAUGUAUGACGAGUACGGUAAUGUGCGGUCGACGGAAAAAAUGCGAUACGCGGUGUCUGCCAAGAAGUCGACGCCCGGUUCUUUCACUGGAUUCUUCAACCGCGACAAGACAACGCCAUCGUCCACACUUUUGAAAUCUGGGCGCAGCUCGGGCUUGGGUUUCGAUAGCGCAUCGAAAAUUCCAGGAAUGAUGAUUCCAGAAGAUCCGGAUGAGGCUUUUCCCUUGCCAGAGAACUACGAUGAAAUUCUCGGUGGGAGUGAACUCGAUUUCGAUACUCUUCGUGGUGCUCCGCGACGACGAACGACGAUGCCGUCUCAGCCUUCGCUAAACGAGACCGACGGGGCUAAUACCCCUGCUCACGGUACGCCGCAACCCAUCGGCAAAGCGUCGAUGAAUCUCUUGCAAUUCCUCUCGCGAGCCGUGUUCACCGCGGAGCACCAAGACGUGGAGAUGGAGAGCGUGAGCUUGACCGAUUUAUGCGUUCUCAAUCAUUUGAACAGAGAAAAGGUGGCUCGAUUAUUCUAUCAAACGCUUGUCCUUGUCGGCGCCGACUACCUCACCGCGUAUCAAGACACAGAUGAGGCUUUCGGCGAGAUCACGCUCGUUCCCGGCGCUCGAUUUGAGUUUAACGCGGCGGACUAA